AUGAGGUGGGUUUUCUUGGGCCAGUUCACUUGGUGUAACAACAAAAUUGGAGGAGCUCGGAUAUUGGAAAGGCUUGACAGGUGCUUCCUAAACUCUAAGGCUAUGAAUUUUUCUACUAACUUGGUGCUGAGACAUCUUGCUAGAAUCUCUUCCGAUCACAGCCCUAUUUUGCUUCACAUGAGCUCUAAUGUUGCUCCAAUUAAAAGAAGUUUGAAAUUUGAAGAUAUUUGGGCCUCAUACCAGGCUUCUUUCUAUGUGGUUAAAAAGGAAUGGAAUAAAAAUUACUCAGGCAAUCCAUCUCAAAUUAUGAAUGCCAAGUUCAGGAGAUCCCUUAAGUCUCUUUUUUAUUGGAGUAAAGCUAAAUUGAGAGAUCUGAAUUUGCUCAAAGAUUGUCUAAUGGAGGAAAUAAAUAAAAUACAGAUAUCAGAAUCUGAUAAAGGCUGGCUCACUGAUGAAGAAUGCUGGGUAUUAAAAGCUAAAACUGAUGAAUUAAAUAGCACUUUAGCUCGUCUGAAUGGCUGGUGGAAGCAAAGGGCAAAAUCAAAAUGGCUAGCUGAUGGUGAUGGAAAUACAAGGUUUUAUCAUUCCUUUGCUAAUGGUAGAAGAAGCUCAAACAGAAUCAUCAAGAUUAAAAAUGAAGAGGGGACGGUGGUUGAAGAUUCUAAUCAAAUAGAAGAGGUAAUUUGGCACUUCUUUAAUUCAAAAUGGAAAAAGCGGAUAUGCAAUACUGAUGGCUGGCCGAAACUUGGGAUGGUUUUAGUAAUGAAGACAAAGGGUUGCUUUCCAGAGACUUUUCUGUAA